AUGGCGACCGCGACCGCCACCGUCACCAAGACGCGGACCAAGAACGACAAUUUGCCUCCCGAGAAUGAGCGCUUCCUACGAUGCUGUGCAGACAUUGCCAACGCCCUGAUCGAGGACCAUGAGGCUGUUCGCGACCCCAAGAAACCUCAGAGGGAUCUCAACCUCAACUCCCUGCGCAACAAGUUUUCGCGGAAGCACAAGCUCGGCAACAUCCCGCCCUUGACAGCCAUUAUCGCUGCGAUUCCGGAACACUACAAGAAAUAUAUUCUGCCGAAGCUCAUCGCAAAGCCAAUUCGUGCGUUUUUUCCCUCCUUUUACGUAGUGGUGUAUUAA